CACACAGGCUGGGUGCACAGCAACAGGUCAGCGAGCUUCGUGCGCUACAUUAGCAUUCAACAUGGACUAGGACAGAGAACCAUUGAGCAGAAAUGGGAGCUACUGCUUCCUCAUGACCUCACAUGGGAUUGUUUCCUCCCAUCCUACAGUUGAGCUUCUGGCAAAGUCAGAAUACCACAAUGUGAGGUGAACAUGCUUCAACAUGACGACAUACAUCCUGUGGACUGCGUUUACAUGGACAUUCAAGGGGAUACUGUGCACCUGCAGGUUCCUUUGGAUAUGCCCAUACAAUGCAAUCAAAUUCCUUCCAAGGGAGCGGUACAUCACAGAGGACACAGGCCGACAGCUGAAACAAGUUGUGGGUUCUGAAAGUAAAGGCAUUGCAGCCAUACCAGGCAGCCCUGACCGUACAGCUGCCCUUCAUAAGAGACUAACCAAAACUGAGAAAGAGAUCCUGACACUCAAGACCAGGGUCACCUGUGAGAGAGCAUCAUGGGAAGGGAGGUUUGCGGAGCUGCAAAGAAAACAGGAAGAGAUACGUAAUCAGCUGGCUGGAGUGUUGGUGAAAGAGGGCGGUUGUGACGAGCAGGGAGAGUCAGCGGUGGACAAUGGAGAAGCAUUUGAGGAGCGUUCAAGCGGUCUCUCAAGAGGGAUGUACCAACACAGAGGGUCGGAGGCGUCAUCAAGAGGGGACAUUUAUGCACACAGUUUAUCAGGCAGUCAGUUAUCCUCAUCAUCGGCACUGAGCUUGAGACCUUCCUCCUCCUUAUCUUCAGCCACCAGUGUGAGGUCAUGGAGGACGUCCAAAGGGCCCUACCGGGUUUUUGUACCCCAUUCCCCCAUGGACCUGGAGCUUGGUCACCGGGUCAGGAUCAUGCUGCCAUCUGGACGGAUCAGCACAGGAACCAUUCGUUUCCUGGGCCACCUGCAGGGGGAGGCAGAUCUCCACCUUGGGGUGGAGCUGCAGACACCUGAUCACGGUUUGCAUGAUGGCAGCCACAGGGGAUACAGCUACUUUGAAUGCAAGCCUGGCUACGGUGCCUUUGUAUCAUUCCACAAACUACUGAUGGCCUGGGAAUAACACAAGCACAGACUGCUGAUGUAGAACUGCCCAUCUGGAUGCAUGGAAAGAAGGCAGAACAGUUACAUCCAUUGAUUUGAUAACUUAUUAUAAUGAGAUCAUUUUUUGUAUCAAAGUAUAUACCUAUCCUAGUAUAUAUUAUUCACAAUAAAAAUACCAUCUCAUCAAA